AUGGGUCAGAAAUUGGUUACUGGUGAGCAAACUCAAUCUUCAGCCCUUCUCCCUUUCAGCGGGAGUGUGAUCAAACUUCUUGUUCAUGUUACAGAAAAAAUGUGGGGAUGCUGCCCAAAUCACUGGAAGUCAUUUGGCUCCAGCUGCUACCUCAUUUCUACCAAGGAGAACUUCUGGAGCACCAGUGAGCAGAACUGUGUUCAGAUGGGGGCUCAUCUGGUGGUGAUCAAUACUGAAGCGGAGCAGAAUUUCAUCACCCAACAGCUGAAUGAGUCACUUUCUUACUUCCUGGGUCUUUCUGAUCCACAAGGUAAUGGCAAAUGGCAAUGGGUCGAUGAUACUCCUUUCAGUCAAAAUGUCAGGUUCUGGCACCCCCAUGAACCCAAUCUUCCGGAAGAGCGGUGUGUUUCAAUAGUUUACUGGAAUCCUUCGAAAUGGGGCUGGAAUGAUGUUUUCUGUGAUAGUAAACACAAUUCAAUAUGUGAAAUGAAGAAGAUUUACCUAUGACUGCCUAUUAUUCAUUAAUAUCUUUA